AUGAUAUUAUUUCAUUAUACACAUCGAAUCGUACAGAAAACACUAUUAGGUUCUUCUUCAUCUGUUUUAUUACAUCGACGAACUCUAUUCAGAAUUAGAUCGACAAAUGAUAUACGUCAAUUAGAUCAAUUAAUUACACAGAAAUAUUUAAAUCUUCCACAACCAUCAAAUAAAAUUUUAGCAACAUAUAUUUGGAUUGAUGGUACAGGUGAACAAUUACGAUCGAAAACAAAAACAAUGUCUAAAGUACCAGAUAAUGUUGAAGAAUUAUCAUGGUGGAUGUUUGAUGGAAGUUCAACAGAUCAAGCUGUUGGUGAAAACUCAGAUGUUUAUUUGAAACCAGCUGCUAUUUUUAAAGAUCCAUUUAUAUUAGGAGCAGAUAAUAAACUUGUAUUAUGUGAAACAUAUGAUGCAAAUAAAAAACCAACUAAAACAAAUUCGAGAGCUGAUUGUAAGAAAACUAUGGAAUUAAUAGCUGAUCAAAAACCAUUAUUUGGUUUAGAACAAGAAUAUACUUUAUUAGAUAGAGAUGGAUGGCCUUUUGGAUGGCCAAAAAAUGCUUUUCCAAGUCCUCAAGGACCUUAUUAUUGUGGUGUUGGUGCAUGUCAAGCAUAUGCUCGUGAUAUUGUCGAAGCUCAUUAUCGUGCUUGUCUAUAUUCUGGUUUAGAUCUUUCCGGUACGAAUGCUGAAGUUAUGGCUAGUCAAUGGGAAUAUCAAAUUGGUCCAACAGAAGGAAUUGCUGCAAGUGAUCAAUUAUGGAUCAGUCGAUAUAUUCUACAAAGAAUUGGUGAAGAAUACGGUGUACAAGUUAGUUUUGACCCAAAACCCAUGGAAUGUGGUGAUUGGAAUGGAGCUGGUUGUCAUGCAAAUUUUUCAGUCGAAAAUAUGAGAAAACCAGGAGGAAUUAAAGAAAUUCGUAAAGCUAUAGAAAAACUUUCUCAUCGACAAGAAAUACAUAUAAAAUAUUAUGAUCCAAGUCAAGGUUUAGAUAAUACUCGUCGUCUGACAGGAAAACAUGAAACAGCUUCAUACAAAUCAUUUACUUCUGCUACAGCAUCAAGAAAUGUUAGUAUUCGUAUUCCACGUCAAGUUGAUGAAGAACAAUGUGGAUAUUUCGAAGAUAGACGUCCAGCUGCGAAUUGUGAUCCAUAUGCUGUAACGAAUAUUUUAGUUAAAACUGUUUGUCUUGAUUCUUCAGAUGAAUAG